AGGACGAAUUUUUUUUAGUAUGGAUAACUCGACAAGUAAUCUUCAAAACGACCUGCUGAAAGGUAUGGACGAUGAAGAACAGAAUAUCCUUGGCUUCAGCCCAGAAUUCGAUACGUUUCCGUUACUCCUUGUCAUUUUCACCGCAGCGUUGAAUUCCCUUAUCUUGUUUCUCACUGUAAAAGUGAAGUCUCUUCGAACGGUAACGAACUUAAUCUUAGGGAGCUUGGCGUUUUCAGACUUGCUCAGUGGUGUACUUGGAAUACCUUUGUAUUUGGCUUGCUCUGCAAUUCAAAAGACCGCGGUUUGCGGCAUCACCCAGAUGCUGACGAGAUUCUUCUCGAUUUCUAUUGUUCUUCACCUCCUUCUAGUUUCCGUCGAUCGCCAUGUCGCUGUUGUUCACGCCAUUCGCUAUCGCUCCUUGGUUACGAAGCGAAGGAUACUCUCAUUACUUCUCUCAGUGUGGUUAACCGCCAUCUUUGUCGCCCUGAUUCAACUCUCAUGGCUUGGUCUCGAUGUAAAUGUUAACGAAGACAGCGACGAGAAAACCGCAAGAAUAAACAUCAUAUAUGACAUAUUUUGCAUCAUCUUGUUCUUCUUGGUACCACUUAUAACAAUGAUAUUCUGCUACACGACAAUAUUUCUUGCUUUGAGACAACAGCUGCGAGCAAUCAAGAAGAACAACGUGGGCCUGUGUGUUAAACUGGAACAGCGGCGUUCCCACUCUCGUGAAAGACGCGCGGCCAUAAUUUUCCUGAGUAUGAUCGUUGUUUAUAUAAUUUGCUGGCUUCCUUAUUUCCUUCUUGACCUGCAGCACCAGUUUGGGAAUGAUUUCUUCUCGUUACCUGUCUCCGUUGAAUACGCAGUGUUUUAUUAUCCUAAGUUUUUGAACUCUGUUUUGGAUCCUAUUCUUUACGUAUAUCGCAAGCACGACUUCCGGCAAACCAUCCGAGCAAUGAUAGGAAGAUCUGGAGCUUCACGCGACGAAGGACCAUCGUUAAGUCUUCGAAAUACUUAUGGAAUUACGGAAAAAUAUUCGUCCAAGUCACGCAUUAGUGACGGGAAAAGAGGAAAGCUCAAAAUUCAUGAAAGUUAUCUAGCCGAGCCGCCUAAGGCAUAAUACAGACCUUUACGCCACACCUACUGAGGAAAAAUAAAUGACGGAGACCGUCGUGUUUUCGAAUGGGAAAUUCGAGAAAAUUUGAAGUCAACAACUUAUAAAUAAUCUAAGAAUGAUUUUAUUUUUCAGAAUUUUCAAGGGAAAUUGAAUAGCAAACUGUGGUAAAUUGUGUUGCCUGCUUUCAAGAAACUAAAACACAUCUUUGUCUGUAUUUUAAUGAACUGUGGUUUUGCUUCAUUUGCUGACUACGUUGAAAGAAUUUUCUUACUGUAAUGAACAAAUUUUGUGCUCUUACUUUGUUUAUCAUCACAUACUAUGAAUUGACGUUUGCAGCGAACUUAUCUAUUCUGCGGCGAUCAAGAUUGGGUAGAUUAAUGAAGAACCCAACUCACCAAUACGAAAUUUAUCUUUCACUCCAUUUAUAUGGACUUAUUAAAUGCAUGAUAUGGUGAGGUAAAACGCGACAGGGGAACAAAUGAUCAAGUUUCAUCGCAUAGAAUUUGUUAGACUAAAGGUCUAAUAUAAUGACUGCUGAUCAGACUUUUGAAUGGACUUCUGAAAGGAUUUCUGAACAGACUUUUGAACAGAUUUCUGAACGUAUUUCUGAACAGACUUAUGAACGAACAUCUGAAAAAACUUAAAACUUAUCUUUUUGGGUCAGCGCUGAAUUACUCUUUCGUUCACUGACGCACAUAUAAAAUGUUUCCUAAGACGCAGGUGUUUCAGACCAUAUUGUCAGGCUUCAUAAAUCUUGACAAUCGUCAAGGCGUAUGUUUCUCCCUAAAUGUUGGCCUUGUUAUGGCGACUCUAUCCUGAUGGGUUUUUCUUAUUUACUAAAAGGUCUGAUACUAAUCCAAGCGCCUCUUUGAUCCUCCUUUCAUUAACAUGAAAUAUCACAAAUGGGGAAUAGUUACGUCUAUCUAAAAGAAGCAUUACGUCUAUAGUUCAUAAGCAGUGUCAAUUUAAGAUAGUCAGCUGAUUAAUUAAACACGGCCUUAAAAGGAAAAGAAGGUUCCUACGGUAGCUGUCGAUCUGAUGAUGUUCUUGUCAUUACUGGAUUGCCAGACGGCAGUGUCUUAAGAGCUCAGUUUAUUGCAUUGUUAUUGGCUUCAAGUUUUCGAAUAAAGUAAACUAUAAAGUAGUUAGACCUGAGACAAUUCAAUUUUAAAAGAAAAUCUGUGUAGAUUUUUUUAGGAUUAAGUUAAAGUCAACACUGGGUCACACGAAAGAACUAGGAGUACUGCUACUGGAUGAGUUGCUGCAGUUAUGACAAUACAGCGUAAACUGUCUUCAGCCCAACUGUCUCAUAGCUCUCGGCGUUUAUCUCCGGUUUCUGUAGCAAGAAGUGGCUAGGAGUAUCUGUUAGUCCUCCCGGAUGAGGUGCUAUUCUAUCGCAGGUUUCUCUCCAGCAUUAGCGCGUCCGGUCUGAAUUGAGUUAAGCAACGAUAAUGAGGCUAGCAGAGUAUAUAGAGAGGGUUAAAAAUGCGACGCGCAGCAAAAUUACAUUUGAACUCUCUCCUCGGCGUUUGAAAAUGAAACGAAACACGGUCUCUCGUUUCUGGUAUAUUACUUUCAGCGGCUAGCCUCAUCUGGGCGAGAUAUUAAGGCUAUAUUUAACAAAUUUAACAAUUAUUCUUCGAAGGCGAAGAGAACUGUGGUGAAUAUUUACUGAGAUGAAGUAAAAGUAAAUAUUAACCAUUAUCAUUCAUGCAUUUUUUCGUCCUGGCCGAGAGAUCACCAUGUGACCUGCAAAUAACUGCCUACAAAUAAUGAUCCGCUCAUUCGUAAUACCGACUAAAUGUGUUUUUGCUGCAAAUAAUAUUCUGCUCAUGCGUAAUUUUAACCACGUUCUUGUCAGAAAAAUGACAGAUCGCUUCCCUGAGUUGUCAGAGAGUGUUCUAAAUAUGAAUGCAAACGUGGUGAUCGAAUGAUAAAACAAUUAUUGAACUCGGUUAUCGCAAAAUAUCAUGAUUUGUCAGUGUUCCGCAACCAAGGGCGACAGUAGUCAUUUUGAAAAUUCCUUAUACUUUAAAAUUGAUAUCCGGUUCCUGGACUUGAUUCGAGCUCGAGUGAUGUCUUCCGAUUAAAUAAAAAUUUAACGCAACACCUGUCCGUCAUGUUUACUUGCCAAGAUAGCAAAGGUUUAUUCAACACUUGUGGAAAGGCGUAAUAUUCCAGCUGUUUCUCAACGUCAUUUGACAUUUCCAUAGCAACCACAGUUUAACAUCUAGAAUAAUCUUCCUUCCCGUUUUAUUGAGUAGCAUCGUAGUAUUACUGCCGGUUUACAAUCUGUUAUAUUCUUGGAUUUAUUUUCGAUAAAUUUGCGUCAUAUCUGGACCUUCUGAGAAAAUAGUACAAUUCAAGAUGGCGGACCCAAGAUGGUGGUCAUAUAAGGCGUCAAAACGGUUGAUUCCUGCAGAGUAAGCUAAUUAACUGUUACAUGCAAAGUAAUUUAACAUAUGUUUUACGACGAAACUGUGACCUAAGGGGCAUCCACCCACAAUUCCCCCCCUUUUUUUAUCAGGAUGGGUUAAUUAUUUAUUUGUUCGUUUGUUUUAGAGAAUAUUAUGCGUAAAUUUCCAUUGCCUCUGCUUCACUGUCUUCACACAUCUGUGAAAAAGUUACCUCCAGUUGUUUGAGUGAACGACGUAAAAUAAUGUGUAUAGAUUUACACUUGAAUUGUGUGACAUACUUAGCACUCGCUUAACUUAUAAUUCCCUGUGUAAUCAUGAAGCUGUAAACGGUAAAAACUCGGAUGCACUUGAAUAUUCAUAAAAUUUUCGAGACAAAGUCAGAACAAAACAGCGUGAAAGACCGCAUAUUGAGUGAAAUAAAGUAAAGCUGGAUUUGUGUAGAAUGUCAAAGACAGAAUGUAGCUGGAUUUAUUGACAGAAAACGUUGGGUUUUUUUUUUUUUUUUUAAUUCCUUUCGAUGUUAUACACUACUUUAUGAGUAGUAUGAUGUGUUUCAUUGGCUGUGUG